CUGGUUUUCUCACAUCUCUAUCUCUCUACCGCCAUCUCUUUCUUUCAGUGAAAUACACAAAACCGAACUUUUCGGUUAAAUUGUUGGAAUCAUGGUUAACGGCCGCAUACCUUCGGUCUUCUCGAAGACCUAUGUGACACCCCGUCGCCCAUAUGAAAAGGCUCGUCUCGACCAGGAGUUGAAAAUCAUUGGCGAGUAUGGUCUCCGCAACAAGCGUGAGGUCUGGCGCGUCAAGUACGCUCUGGCCAAGAUCCGUAAGGCUGCCCGUGAGCUGCUGACUUUGGAUGAGAAGGACGAGAAGCGUCUAUUCCAGGGUAACGCUCUGCUGCGUCGUCUGGUGCGCAUUGGUGUCUUGGACGAGUCGCGCAUGAAGCUCGAUUACGUGCUGGGUCUGAAGAUUGAGGACUUCUUGGAGCGUCGUCUGCAGACACAAGUGUUCAAGCUUGGAUUGGCCAAGUCCAUCCAUCACGCACGUGUGCUGAUCCGUCAGCGUCACAUUCGUGUCCGCAAGCAGGUUGUCAACAUCCCAUCCUUUGUGGUGCGCCUUGACUCCCAGAAGCACAUUGACUUCUCGCUGAAAUCGCCCUUCGGUGGCGGCCGUCCUGGACGCGUUAAGAGGAAGAACAUGAAGAAGAACCAGGGUGGUGGCGCUGCUGCUGCCGAAGAGGAGGAGGACUAAAUUAUAGCCCUGCAAUGCUAAACAUCUGAAAUGACUACAAAAUAAAAUUGUAAACUUUCUUUAAAAAAAA